AUGGAGGCUCGAGGGGAGCUGGACCCAGCCCGGGAAUCGGCGAACGGUGACCUGCUGCUGGCGUUGCUGGCUCGGAGGGCCGACCUGCGCCGAGAGAUCCCAAUGUGUGCCGGCUGUGAUCAGCAUAUCUUGGACCGCUUCAUCCUUAAGGCUCUGGACCGACAUUGGCACAGCAAGUGUCUCAAGUGCAGUGACUGCCACAUACCUCUGGCUGAGCGCUGCUUCAGUCGCGGGGAGAGCGUCUACUGCAAAGAUGACUUCUUCAAGCGCUUCGGGACCAAGUGCGCCGCAUGCCAGCUGGGCAUCCCGCCCACGCAGGUGGUGCGCCGCGCCCAGGACUUCGUAUACCACCUGCAUUGCUUUGCCUGCGUGGUUUGCAAGCGGCAGCUGGCCACGGGGGACGAGUUCUACCUCAUGGAAGACAGCCGGCUGGUGUGCAAGGCAGACUACGAAACAGCCAAGCAGCGAGAAGCCGAGGCCACAGCCAAGCGACCGCGCACGACCAUCACCGCCAAGCAGCUGGAGACACUCAAGAGUGCCUACAACACUUCGCCCAAGCCGGCGCGCCACGUGCGGGAGCAGCUCUCCUCCGAGACCGGCCUGGACAUGCGCGUGGUGCAGGUGUGGUUCCAGAACCGCCGAGCCAAGGAAAAGCGGCUGAAGAAAGACGCGGGCCGGCAGCGCUGGGGACAGUAUUUCCGCAAUAUGAAGCGCUCCCGCGGCAGCUCCAAGUCAGACAAGGACAGCAUCCAGGAGGGACAAGACAGCGACGCCGAGGUCUCCUUCACUGAUGAGCCGUCCAUGACUGACAUGGGGCCUGCCAACGGCUUGUACAGCAGCCUCGGAGAGCCCACCCCUGCCUUGGGCCGGCCUGUAGGAGGAGGUCUCGGGAGCUUUGCACUGGAGCACGGAGCCUUGGCUGGUCCAGAACAGUACCGAGAGCUGCGCCCAGGAAGCCCCUACGGCAUCCCUCCAUCUCCUGCGGCCCCCCAGAGCCUUCCCGGCCCCCAGCCUCUCCUCUCCAGCCUGGUAUACCCAGACUCCAACUUGGGCCUUGUCCCCUCAGGGCCCCCAGGUGGACCCCCACCCAUGAGGGUGCUGGCUGGAAAUGGACCCAGCUCUGAUCUGUCCACCGAGAGCAGUGGUGGUUACCCUGACUUCCCUGCUAGCCCUGCCUCCUGGCUGGAUGAAGUAGACCACGCUCAGUUCUGACCGAGGCCCCCAGUUCCCCUGGCUCUAACUCAGGGGUCUUGGUGCUGCCUCUGGGUGGGCAGCUAGCCCCACCCCCACGUUGUCCAUUCCAAGGACCUCUGAAGGAAGGACAGGGUUCCCAAGUGGGAGAGUAGGACUGUGCCCCACUGCCAGGACCCCUGGCUCCUCCCUGGGCCUGAGGGGGCUCCCUAGCCCUUCCCUGGACACAAGGAUGGCCUGCCUGGUCGCUGUCCACAGGCCAGUGACUCUUGACCAUAUCUUGUAAGCAUUUCUCUCCCGUUGUCAACCAGUUAAUGGAGCCCUCGCUGCUGUUUCAGACAGGACGGGAGGCCCAGGCUCUGGCCCUCAAGUCCUGGCAUAAAACAACAGUAACAACUUGCUUCAUUGCUUCUGAUGGAGCUUGGUUGGGGACCAUGCUUGUGUCCUCCCCGGCCACUGACAAAACCUGGGAGCAAACCUCUCCUCCCUGCCGCCAGUCACCCCCCCCCCCCGCCCCCAGUCUCCAGAUCUUUCUGUUCUGGAAUGUGUUGAGGAAGUGGAGCUUUCUGGAGUCCCUUCUCCAAGAGUAGUCUUUAAAUGUGGGAGCAGCUCCCCCUUUUCCUAAGGCCCAGCCUCUCUCAGGAGCAGAGCAGAACUGUGUGCCAAGGACAGACACCAUUGCCAAACAGACUGCAAUCCUGUGCAGGGGACAGGGAUGAAUCUGCCAGCUCAGACUGGGAGGUCUCUCCCACUGGAGGAGGCUGGGCUGGGGGUCCUCCAAAUGGAGUCUGUCUCAGACACAAAGCUUGGCUAUGUGUUAAGUCAAAAUCAUUCCUGAAACCAGGAUCUUGGCCACCUGUUGGUUCUGUAAAUGUCCCGUGACUUUUAUUUAU